AUGGAUCCCAGAUUAGGUCGAAGCGACUUCAUUGCUGCAUCAAUUCAAGACCACACCUCCGAUAAUAUAGAGGACGACUUCACCAAUUCGUCGACUCCCAGCAGCGACUACCACUCCGACACCGACUAUGAUUUCGAUGAAUCACAAUGUCUAUUCUGCAACCAGACCAAUCGAGACCUGGACCAGAAUUUGACCCACAUGUUACGAGCCCAUGGGCUAUAUGUGGAUCCGGCAAAUCUCUUGGUGGACGUUGGAACCCUCCUCGCCUACUUCCAUCUCAUAAUAUCCGGGCGGUAUGAGUGUCUCUACUGUGGGACACAACGAAAUACCCGCGAAGCGGUGCAGCAGCACAUGAUGGCGAAAGGGCAUUGCAAAUAUGACAUUUCCGAUGAGGAUUCUGAGCUCCGAGACUUUUAUGAACUUCCAUCGGAAAAUGCAAAAGAGGAACUACAACAAGCCCUUUCCGCCAUGAGCUUCUCGGACGAUCCCCAUCUUCCAUCACAAGCGAGAUGGAGGAAAAGACGACCAUCGAAGCGUUCAGUCACACACGGGCCCAACAUCACGGCUCCUCCGCUCGACCAAGUACUACCUACCCCAACUGCGGCUCCACUGUCUCACACCGAUGCCGGGCCAAGCUCGAAUGCUGCCGAGACGCCUUCUCAUUCCCGUGGCGAACUGAGCACAAGAGCGAUGAAACAAGAACACGUCCUCAACAACCAACUAGCACAGCUUCGUGCCGGUGAUCGGAGAAGCCUUUUGCAUUUCCCGACUUCACAGCAGAGAGCUUUGCUUGCAACCCACCACAAACAGAUGCAGAAGGCGACGAGGGCAGAUCAGACAUACCAAAGCAACUUGGAGAGCGCAGGGAACAGCUUCAAUUGUCUGGGCAAAAUCAGGUUGGUGCGACAACCUCCCCAUACAGGGAAUAUACACAGUUUGAAACGGUGA